AAAAAAAUUAUUGUUAAUUUGUUGCAUCUGAUAUAGGCGACAUCGAAAUAGCAUUUAUACGCAAAUGCUAAAUAGAAAUAAUAUUACGACGACGCCCGAAAGUUCACGACAUAGCGAUCGGCGUCACCGGUUUUUACCGCGUUUUAUUUUCCGGCAGUCGCGUGUUAGGGUCCGUCCGUUACGUGUUUUCGGCAUUCGCGCUACGGUUGGCCAGUUGAAAAAUCGCUAUUCAGUUAAUAUGUAUCGACGACACGAGUCGCUCAUCAGUCAGGUGACCAAAACAGCAGAUGACGUGCCUGUGAUCGUGACUAGAUUGGCGAGCACGGAAAAGAACGACAUUGAUUACUAUCCUUUUUCACAAGUACUGCGAAUACGUGUCCUACAGAUCGUUUGUGGCAUACUUGCAGUUGUCAUGGGCAGCGUGGCUUGCAUAGAAGAGAAAGGUUCAUUUGGCAACCUCGGACUGGGCAUACCGACCGGACUCAGUACCGUACUCGCUGCAGCAUCCAGUAUCCACACCAGCCGUUUGUUCAGCGGGUACCGGGACACGCUGAUGUCGUCGUCCGGCCAUCCUAGGGUGUCCGUGCUCCGCCUCUUGGGGCCCACCACGCAGUCGGCAAUCGCCGUCGGCACUUUCUGGCUGCUGGCCCUCGCCCUCAACGCGGUCCUGUUCACGCGGGCCGGACGUACGCUGUUCAACUACGACGGUUCAGCCAGCUCCAACCCGACGUUGUUUUGGAUGGCCAUCGUCCAUCUGACGCUGACGUCUCUCGUCCUGUUCGCGGUGGGCGCGAUCGCUUGGCUGGACUGCCACCACGACCCGGACUGACAAGCGCUGUACACGGGCCAUCGUUCCGCUGAGCCACCGAUGUCGUCCCGGCCGACGACCAGCAGCUCGGUGACCAUCAGCAUGACAACGUUCACGCCCGACCCGCAAUCGUCGUCCGUCGGUCAUCGGCUCACACCCGGGCCCAGCCUGUUGGUCAGGUCCUGUUAGCGCGGCCACGGCACGCCCCGGAAUUCCGUUUUCCGGAUACCAUCGCUGCGAUGACGAUUAUAAUAAUAUUAUUAUGUCGACCGGGGCCAACGUUCGCGGGACGAGACCGGCCGACGAUAGUGUCACGAGAACGAAUAAACUUUGGUCAUUUGUCGUUGUCGUUUUUUUUUUUAUUAUUAUUAUUAUUAUUGUUCGCUACCGUUUUAUUGUUUUAACGCGCGUCAUCAUUAUACGACCGUCAUGUGAAACGCGAUCGGAUGUACCCAAACGUUGUGGAUACGAAUUCCCCAUAAAUUAAAUUAGUUUAAAUUAAAAAAAUGUUAGAAAAAAGUCUGAAUUAGAUUAAAAACGAGAAGACACUCGUGACUGCUAACGGGUUUUCUGAGCUACUCGCGUGUACAGUAAUUUAUUGUUUAAGUGUUAUUUUGAUAUUUUAUAUCAAGAAUUGUGUCGAAAUACAUUUUAUGUUCAGUUUUUUCUACUACUAAGUAUUGAGACUAAGAAAAUGUAUUAUUUUUAGAAGAGAUAUUUUUACUGCAUGAAAAUUAUUUCAAGUAAGGCAUUAUUAGUGUUAUCAAUUUUCUAGUAAUUGACAUUCAUAACAUUUCAUAAUAAAUAAAACCCAAGCCAUUUAUUAGUUAACAAUCGAAAUUAAAUCAAAUUACAUAUUUUUUCGUCGUUUCAUUUAUCAAUUAUUAUGCUAAUUUUUUAUACUCCAUUGCUUUACAUAAUUUUCUAUUUUAAAAGAUAUUUAAUAUGGUUUAUAAUUCCAAAUUGGUAGGUAAAAUAGUUUUAAAAAUAAAAUAAAAAAAAAUUCAUCACAUUACUUUUAAUUUUGAUCAGCAAAUAACAAUAUUAACUUUCUGCUCUUGUGCUAUGUCAAAUAGUUAUUAAAUGGUGAUAUAACGUUGCAUUAUUAUUUUUUGAAAAAACUAUUAAGAAAAAUAAUUAAUAAAAAAAAAUAUAAGCCAAUAACUAAGUUAUAGCACCAAUAUAAGAACUAAUAUUUUUUUUCUCACAAAAAGCUCUACAGUAUUAUCAAAUUUAUAUGGUUCACAAGUUAUCUAACAUUCCAAUAAUAAAAAAAAUUCCAUUAAACCAUAAUAAAUGUUUUUAAAUAUAAAAUUGUGUUUAUCAAAUUAAAUGCGGUGCAUCUUUGGAGUAUUAUUUUUAUUUUAACGACUAUUGUUUAUAGUUGAUUUUGAAUUUCAAUAGAAUCAAUUAAAUUGCUAUGUUUGAAUAAAUUAAAUCAGACAGCAUAAUAAUAUACAUUAAUAACUUUUUAGGUUAAUUUAUCACACUUUUAUUCGCUCAAUAUUUUUAUUAGGAGGUGUAUUCAUUUUUACAUACAGUACCCACCGGCUACCUAAUAUAAAUUGUUGGUUGUGUUACAAACUAAACAUGUUUUAUUUACUACCUACGCCUAUACUACAUUCACAUCGCGUUACCUAUAUCACUAUAAUUGGUAUAAUAAUUUUAAAGAGACACUUCAGUAUAAUAUGCCUUAUGUAAAUAAAAGUCAUUAAUAGGUAUUAUGCAAUUAUAAUAAUAAUAUGUAAAAUAUAAAUUCAAUUUCAUUGUUUAAAUUAGACUAAUAAUUACCGAUGUGUCGAUCGUUAAUCAUAAAUUAGUUUAGAAAUAAUUAAUGAUAAGUUAUUUGUAAUUUAUUGAAUCUGUGAAUUUAUAUACCUAUUAUAUUGAAUAUAUAAUACUAAGUAUACACAUUAUAAAGUAUAAUUUUAUAGUGACGUUGUUAAUUUGUAUGAUUUAGACUAACUACCAUUUUUUACAAUACAAUUUUGUUUUUACUUUUCACACGUAAUAAUAUAUUCUGCUUAGUGCCUUUUUAACAAAACAGCUGUGUAUAAGAUGUUGAAUAAAUUG